AUGUCCAUAAAGGAGGAUGAUGUGAAGAAUGAUUCUGAUAAUGAUUUGGGUGAUGAUUUCGAUUAUCAACCGAAUGCAGAAGAUGAUGCUAAAGACAACGAUGUAGACUCGCUGGAUUCUACUAUCAAGAGUGAAGAAGUUUGUGGUGUAAAAAGAAUAGCAGAUUUAAUGGUGGAGGAUAUUUGGAGCCUGGAGUUUAGAACAGAGGAUGAGGCUUGCCAAUUUUACAACGCUUAUUCUUGUUGGCAUGGAUUUAUAAUAAGGAAGGACGACGUGGUUAGGGAUAAUCAAGGUAGAAUCAUUAGUAGGCAACUUGUUUGUAACAAAGAGGGCUGGAGGAAUAUGAGGUAUCUUGAUCUGGAUGAGAGAUCAAGGGAGGCAAGGUCCCUAACGCGAACCAAGUGUCCAGCUUGGCUUAGGGUAAAGCUUGACUACGGCUGUGGUAGAUGGAAGGUAUCAUGUUUUGUGGAAUCGCACAACCACGAUUUGACGCCACCCCAAUUUGUGCAUCUGGUACCGACCAAUCGUCGUCUCACUGUCACUGAUAAAGUCCAAGUGAAAAAUCUUCAUAAUUUUGGUGUCAAGACCUGCCAUAUUAUGGGGUAUAUUGCGUUCCAGAAGGGUGGAUAUUGUCAAGCUGGCUUCACACGCAAAGAUAUGUACAACUACAUUGAUCGUUAUCGUCGGUCAAAAAUUAAAAACGGGGAUGCCAAUUCAGCAAUAAACUAUUUGAUUGGCAAGUCAAACAAUGAUCCGCUGUUCUUUGGAAAGUAUACGUUCACUAGUGACGAAAGGCUCGAGCAUAUUUUUUGGGCAGAUGGGCAGUCAAUUAUCGACUAUCACUGCUUUGGAGAUAUUAUUGCCUUUGAUUCAACCUACAAGAAGAAUAAAUACAACAAUCCUUUGGUCAUUUUCUCCGGAUGCAAUCAUCACAGGCAGACUGUUAUCUUCGGCUCCGGCUUAUUAUCCGACGAAACCAUAGAGACGUAUAAGUGGUUGUUGGAAACCUUUAUUAAAGUGAUGGGUGGAAAAAGUCCUAAAGCAGUAAUAACUGACGGAGACCUUGUCAUACAAGAUGCAAUCAAGAAUGUUCUUCCUGAUGUGACCCAUCGGUUAUGCGGAUGGCAUUUGCAGAGAAAUGCGCGUGAAAAUAUAAAGAAUCUGAAUUUCCUGCGUGAUUUUAAGGGUCUUAUAUACGACAACAACGACCACAGAGACUUUGAUCGGAGAUAG